UGGUCAUGAGCAAGACUUAGAACCUGGGAGAUAGAAAUGUGAAUAAACAAAAAGGGACACUUACCGUGUAACAACAUGGGCUCCCAAGAAUCCUUACCAGAUGCCCCUGCACAGAUGCACCAUUAUUACAGCAAAUUUAUGAGAGAAUGUCCAUCUGGGCUGCUUAGUCUGCAUGAAUUCAAGAGACUUUUGGAUCUUCAAGGGCUGGAUCCACAAGGAGACCUAUACAUUAAACGAGUGUUUGAUAUCUUUGAUCUGAACCAGGACGGAUUUAUAGACUUCUUGGAGUUCAUAGCUGCAAUAAAUUUGGUUAUACGAGGGAAAAUUGACCAAAAAUUGAAAUGGUAUUUCAAGCUAUACGAUGCUGAUGGAAACGGAUGCAUUGACAAAAAAGAACUAUUAAGCAUAUUCAGGGCAAUCCAGGCUAUUAAUGGCUACACCAACAUGAGUGCUGAAGAGUUCACAAACAUGAUAUUUCAGAAGAUAGAUGUGAACAAUGACGGGGAACUGACUUUAGAAGAGUUUAUCAAUGGUGUGGAAAAAGACGAGGACCUAAUGGAAUUAAUUACGAAAAGUUUUGACCUUUCCAACGUACUCAAAGUCAUACAGAAUGGCAGGAGAAACAGCGUCUGAAGGACCCACUCAUGGAGGUGAUCUCUGUCUCAUCAUUUCAGGAAGAUAAUAUUUGAUAUAUUCAGAGAACCUGAAGUUGUCAAAGCCUGCCCGGGCAAUACUGAGCAGCCUUCUCCAGGAGUAACAAUUUUCAAUCUUUCUAUAUCUCCUUUUAUUUUCUUUAUUCUUUCCCUUGAUAAUGAAAACCAACAACUUUUUCCUGCAUAUAAUAGAAAAGAUAUUUGAUGCAGUAAAAGUAACCUGUUUGAUCUCUAUGAACGUGUUGUGGUCAAACCCUGGCUAGCUGCUCACUCAUUCCACUCUAGUGGGAUGGAAAAGAGAACUGGAAGAGUGAAAGUGAGAUAAAGACAGUUUAAUACAGAAAGAAAAUGUGUGCAAGCAAAGCAAAGCAAGGAAUUCAUUCAGCAUUUCCCACAGGCAGGAAGAUGUUCAGCUAUCUCCACGGAAAGCAUGGAUCCAUCAAGCAUAAGGGUGACUUGAGAAGACAAAUGCCAUCACUUUGAACAUCCUCUCCCCUCCUUCUUCUCACCCAGCUUUAUAUGCAGAACAUGACUCCACACAGUGUGGGACAUCCCUGUGGUCGUUUGGGGCCAGCUGUCCUGGCUCUGCCCCCUCACAGCUCCUUGUGCACCCCCAGCCCACUCGGUGGUGGGGGGGGGUGAGAGGCAGAAAAGGACUUGUCACUGUGCAAGUGCUUCUCAGCAGUAAUGAAAACACCUUUGUGUUAUCAAUAUUCUCUUGGUCACAAACCCAAAACACAGUCUCCUACCAGGUACUAUGAAGAAAAUGACCAUGAUCCAAACUGAAAACAGCACCUUCUCUUCUGUUCAGACUAAUUAAUAAAAUAAUGAAAAUAAUAUAAACUGAAACUUUUCUAGAAGACACAAAGUUAAGAAUUUUUUUCUUUUAAUAAUGUGUUCUUUAACCUACUAUCUAAAGUGUGGACACAAACUUUUAGGUAGGACUGUGUUCUAUCCAGAUGAAUUAAGAACUAAGCCUGCUUUGUAUUAACCUAACAUUUGCUCUAAUAAGUACUCAAAAUUGGAUUAAGUUAUCUGGGAAACACUUCAGCUAGCUUAAUAUUCCCAAUAUGUGUAUCCUACUUAACAAGCUCUCUACUACACUUAAUUUUAUUGCAUUUGUUAAUUAAAAUAAUGUGAUAUUUUGAUGUUUUUUCCAGUUCUCAGCUACUGUUCUCUCAAAUUAACCUUUUCUAAAAGUCUUGAAAUUAAAUUUUGUUGUCUUUGUAAAGCAAAUAGUAGCAAAACCCAAAUCAUUUUGUAAGCACUCCCAGAGAUUUGUGUCCUUUGACUUGUAUGUCCUCCUUUGCAAAAAAAAAAUGUUUUUCUGGGCUCUUUGCCAUGGCUGUAUGAAACAAAAGGUAAGAGAAAUAGGGUCACUUGUACUCCUCCAAAACAGACAACCUUUUUUCUGACUAAUUUAGGUAUCUUUGCCCUGCCCAGAUACCUGGGUGAAAGCUUUUAGCAAUGGAACAUAGAAAGAAUAUGCAACAUGUAUCACUUGACAUUAUAAACAAUUCCGACAUUAUAGCUCUGACAUUUGAACCUUUUACAUCCUUAAUAAAAAUAAAUAAAUAAAUAAAAU